UACCAAAAGCUGCAGAGUACCCUCACAAACUUUCUGCGAGACGCGAAGACACAUGUCCGCCAGGUACCACCCCAGAGCAAUAUCGUCGCGCUGUCCAUCCCAGAGGGCAACGGAGAAGACCUCUGGUGUCUGGACUCCACGGGAAUUUUCACGUUGGUAGUGAGCAAGGACACGUACGAAACCCUCGGCAUCGUCGGCAAGCGUAUGCCGUGGAAGGACUGCGAAGACGUCCACCUCAUACGACUUUCUCUUCGCGAGGCGGACUCUGCCAAACGAGACGUAACUCUCUGCGGUUCAAAAGAACUGGCGGCUUUGGAGAAAUGGGAUCAACGACGAGCUCCGUGGAACAUUGCGUAUUAUUUUCUCGAGGGUAUGUCGACGUCUGGGAGCGCUGCUUGCGAUGUGAAGACCGUGGUACGGAAGCACCACAGUAAUCAUAUUCCCGUGCUAGAUCAUCGAUUCGGAGCGGAAGAAUACGAAAGCGACGGAGCCUUCGAAUAUCGGAUGUCGACGUUGUUUGAAUGGGUCGGUUUGGCUAGCAUCGGGUCGCAAAGGUUGUCCUCCGUGGACCGGUGCGAUCCCUACAUCGCGGUGUACACGCCGCCGGAACGGUCUGAAGUCGGAGACGUCACCACCAUACGGGUGCAAGGCCUGAUAUCGCCUCGUUUUGUGAAGUCCAUCAUUGACACAGUAUGGUCCCCAAAUGCCCUGGACGUCAAGUUUGUGGCCGUCACGGCAUCAUGCAUCCCCACUUCUCCCGUCACAUAUCUUCCAGACCGCGGCUCCCAGGGCCCGCCACCGCGUUUUCCACAAGCGGAUUCAAUGCAUACGUGGACGGUCAUCUACCGACGCGAACCCGGGGAGCCUGGUGCGAGCGGCUCGUGGGCUAUAGCUGAAAGUGUCGGGGGACGGGACAAACGAUGGGGAUAG